AUGGCUGUCGAUCACGUCGUCAUUUUCCAAUUCAAGCCCGAAGCCAGCGCACAGGCCGUCAAGCAGUGCUGCGAUGAGAUGCUCGGCUUGAAGGAGCAGUGUCUCUUGGCAUCAACAGGCAAACCGUACAUUGUACGAUCAAAAGGCGGCAAAGACGUGUCCAUUGAGGGUCUGCAGAAUGGCUUCACCCAUAUCUUUGUUGUGGAGUUCGACUCUGUUGCCGAUAGAGACUUUUACGUCAAGGAAGACAAGGCCCAUCACGCGUUCGUUGGCAAGUGGAUUACUUCUGCCGAUUCUAUUGUUUCCAAGGCAUUGGUUAUGGACUUUGCGCCGGGGUCGUUUGAAUGA